CACCCUCUGUCUCCUCACGGGUGGAGGGAUUUUGUAGCCGCUGAGAGCAGCGAGAGACGCUCAUUGAUACUCGGCAUAGGCACCGCCAGACACGCAAACAGCACACACGCACGCACGCACAAACCGUGCCGCAGGCUGAGAGGCAGGAGCAGGGAUGGUGGCGGAGGAGAUUGUGGUCUCCCUCUCCGGAGGAGCUCCGUGGGGUUUCAGGCUGCAGGGAGGAGCUGAGGAGCAAAAACCUCUACAGGUGGCCAAGGUGCGUAAACGCAGCAAAGCCUGCCGAGCCGGACUCAAGGAGCACGAUGAACUUGUUGCCAUCGGCGACCACAUGUGUGCAGAGCUCAGUCACGCUCAGGCCAUGAGUAUUUUAGACAUGCAGAGCGCCACGCUCAACCUGAGAGUUAAAAGGGCGCCGUGUGGGCUCCACUCCUCAUCCUUCUCUGGUCGCUCCUCCUUGAGCGGUGGCCUCCUCUCGCCCACGGAGAUACCCUGUGGCGUUACAUCCCCUCCAGACAGUGAGGCUUACUACGGAGAAACAGACAGCGACGCCGACACGCAUUCACGCACGCACCGCCGCCAGCGCCGCACGCCUCCUCACGCACGCUCGCCCUUGCGCUACGACAACCAGGAGGAGGAGGAGGAGACCUCGGAGAUGAGUGGGUAUGAGAGUGCUACAGAUCCAGGAGUCAGCGUUCAGGGGCACUGGGACGGCCAGUGUCUCGUCGGCGUCCCCCGCAGGGAGCUCAUCUACCAGCCCGCCCAGACGGACUGGACCACUCCAGCACAUACGCCGCACACCCUGACCCCUCACUCACUCACCCCGACCCCCGACCAGGGGCUUUUGGAAGCGGAGGGGGAAGAGGACAGCGGCUUCCAGGAGGCGGGGGGCUGCGUCGGGCUUACCUGCCCGCCGCUGGUGUCUCCGGAGCGGGCGAAAGAGGCUCUGAUGUUGGGCUCUGGUAAACAUCUGGUGCCCAUGGUGGGGCCACAGCAGAGUCCUGUGAGCGAGGAGCUCUCCACCACCUACAUGGAUAAAGCACGGCAAGCCAAGUUGCACCGUGGGGAGAGUCUGGUGGAGAAGCAGGUGAAGGAAGCUCGCACUAAAUGCCGCUCCAUCGCGUCCCUGCUGACUGACGCUCCCAACCCCAACUCCAAAGGGGUGCUUAUGUUCAAGAAACGCCGGCAGAGGGCCAAGAAGUACACGCUCACCUGCUUCGGCAAGGUUGAGGGGGACAGAGGUGGGGACACGGAAGGGGAGACGGGGGGAGAAACAGAGGAGGAAGGAGGUAGCUCUGUCCUAAGUGGCUCGGAAGUGGAUGAAGAGGGAUUCUCUGCAUCUUUUGACCCCACGUGGGAUACUGGUUAUCUAGACGUGCUGGACAGGAGAAGCUCCGCCUGCCCGUCAACUACUCCAACGACGCCAACAGCCAACCAGGGUGCAGAGCUGGACAUCUCAGGACUUGUGACGUCUGUCAACCACAGCCCAGGGUUCGAGGUGUCAGGGCUGGAGGGCUCAGCCUAUCAGGGCUCACGGCUGGAGGGCGGCUUCACCAAGCAGCCAGUGGGUAGUAACCACAUGUCUCCUCCGGCUGUUUCCCUGACCAACGGGGGCACGGUCGCCGUCAGCCGGGCGAGCGUCGUCCUCAGCCCGCCCUCUCAGACCCCGGUUCGAAGUCAAAAUGGGCAACACGGCAACCCCAACCCUCCUCCCGGCUACGACCUCAGCCCCAGCCCCGUCACAGACUCGCACACCAACUCAAACGCCAGCUUCGGGGUCCUGAACCGCACCGCGCGCCCCUUCACCCCCGGCCCUUCCGCCUCCCGCGCGACCGUGACCUCCGUGAUGUUCCGCCCUCCCCAGCCCAGGCCCGUCACCGUGGCGACCAAACCGGUGGCAGCCGUCUCCAUGGUGACCAUCUCGCCCGCUCAACACUCAUCGGGGCCGGACGCGAGGAGAGCGGUGUCCAGCACCUCUCUGUACAUCCCUCCGAGGAACAGCAACGGCAACGGCAACGGCAACACCCCGUCCUCCAUCCACUCUCCCCCCUCAGCUCUCUCGCCUCCCUCCUCUCUGUCUUCUGCGCCUUUCACUCACCCCCCCGCGAGUCCGCACAUGUUUUCUCCUCAACCUGGUGUCCACGCACCCCCCUCCACCCCGUUGUCUCCUCCAGCUGCUCAGGCCUCCCUGGUAUACCCAUCACCUGCUCAACAGUUCUCUCCUCCAGCUCCACCUCCACCUCCACCGCCGUACCUGUCUCCUCCUGCUCCUGCUUAUCCGCCCCCCUCCACCUGCAUUUCAGCUCCUGCCGUUGCCCCACCACAUCCACCUGAUUUCACUCAGGCAUCCUUCCCCGGCCACCCAACCGCUCCUGCGCCUUUUGCCAACCAGCCUUCUCCAUCUCCAUCAGUCCACCCCCACAUCAACAUCCCAGGUGCGGUGCCUCCUAGCCCCUACACAUCCUCCGUGACCGCGCCCCCUCAGGCUCCGGGCACCGAUUCACUGGUGACACGCGAGCAACGGAUCUCUGUCCCGGCCGCUCGCACCGGCAUCCUGCACGAUGCUCGCCGUCGCAGCAGCAAGAAGCCCAUGUUCUGUUCAGUCCAGAACAAAGACGUUUCUCCCAACCCGCACUUGCUGUCGAUGGUCCAGAACAUGGACGACCACUUUGGGAAAAACCCGGCUGCUGAUUCUGCGGUUGCACCCGGCGGGGAGGCGGGCCACGAGUCGGGGCCCGAAGAGGACUGGCUGAGGCUGGGGGCGGAGGCCUGCAACUUCAUGCAGGCUCAGAGGGGACCCAGGCCACCUCCUGUAGCGCCCAAACCACAAACCCCUCAAGUGCCACAGCUGGCGGGGAAGGGAGGUGAGCUGUUUGCCCGCAGGCAGAACAGGAUGGACCGGUACGUGGUGGAACGAGCUCCCUCUGUUGCAGGAGCGCCGUACUCUCCGGCCCAGACGAGGGAGCCCUCACCCACACCUUCGCUCCCAGCCACUUGGAAGUACUCGUCCAACAUCCGCGCUCCACCGCCCAUCAGCUACAACCCCCUCCUCUCGCCCUCCUGCCCUCCCAAAGCCCAGAAGAAACCUGAGGCGACAAAGUCUUGGAAGCCUGGAUCUAAAACGCAGAAAGCAGGCGUCAAGCCUGUGGACAUUAUGAGCCAUCAGCCCUACCAGCUCAACUCGUCUCUGUUCAGCUACGGCGGCGGGGUUCCCCAGGACAGCGCCACCUUCCAGCAACAGAGAGGAAUGACAGGCGGUCCUGAGAAGACGGCACGAGUAUAUGAGGUCAAGCGCUUCUCCACGCCCCCUCCGAUGGCGACGGGGCCGGCCCUCAAAGUGAUCGUGCCCCGAUCAGCUACGACCCUCGGGGAACCGAUGUGGCGCUCCGACGUCACGUCUCCUCCGCCCGCCUCUGAGCGCCAUCAGCCCGCGCCCCAGCCUUACCAGCCUCAGUGGGCCACCUCCCCUCUGUCUCCCACAAUGCCUCCUGCCCCUACUGCCCCACUCCCUCAGCUGCCCUCAUUUUCCUCUGCUCCAAACACAGUCCAGAUCCCUACUUUCUCUCACCUCCAGCCGUCCAACGCCACACAGGCCAACAGGCAGUGUAAGAGCAGCCCAGAUCUAAGUCCCCUUGGCCCCGCUGGUGCUUCUAAGAUGGCGGCGUCCAGCGGCGCUCAGCCCAACAAGGUCCCCAGGCCGCGGUUCAGCACUUCAAACCUGGGUCUGCAGCCGAGCGUGUGGCGUCCUGGCUCCACCGCGCACUGAAUGCAUCAUUGGACAUAAUGAUAAUAAUUAAAGAAAACCUAGAGCAACACUUUUUAACCCAGUCGGAGGCAUUUUUAGCACUGUAAUAUUGUCAAUCAGCUCUGUACUUAGUGGUUUUAAUCACAAAAUCUGUAACAUGUAGCGUGUUUUAUCUUUUAAUGCAAUUGACUCACGAAGGAAUGCAUUUGGUUGUACACUACGUUUUUGAAAAGGGAAAGGUUGAGGAAAUAGAAAAUCAACUAAAGGGAAGAAAGAGAUGUUGGAAAAAAUAAAGUGCUGUAAAUAUUGUAUUGAAUCACGAAGAAUUAAGUUUAAACAUGAAAAAAAGAACAGAGGAUGUGUAAAGAAAAGACUGUUGGUAGAAAGAUGAAGCGGGAGGAUGAAAAAAAAGGAUGAAAAGGAAGCACUGAUUAAGCGGAAACUAUGUCUGAUGUGUGUAAAAGAUCUAGAGUUGACUUUAUAGUCCAUAUACAUCCUGCAAUACCCGUAGCCACCUCACAGCACCGCAUUAGAAACGCUGUUUUUCUAACAGUAAGUAGCUCCUGUUACUCCCUCUGUUACCUUAGUUUGUGUUUGAGGAUUGAUGAGUGUCUUUUUGUAGGUUUACUCUGCAGCAGCGUGUGUUUCCUGUAGUUUUUUUCCACAGUGUCGACGAGCCCUUUACGGUAGAUUUUAUUUCUCAUCUGUUCAUAUGAAACAAGAGAGGUAUAACAUGCCUGUUUAGCUGCGAUUCUUUUCCACAGAGACAUGCGGCCGAAUAAAAAUAGACGUGACUCAC